GCUGCCCCGCGGCCUGGGCCUGGGCCUCCGCCGCCUCCCCCCCCCCUCAGCCCCGCGGCCGCCCCCCCGCCCCCGCCAUGCCGCACAGCUUCAAACCCGGGGACCUGGUGUUCGCCAAGAUGAAGGGCUACCCGCACUGGCCCGCCCGGAUCGAUGACAUCGCGGACGGCGCCGUGAAACCCCCGCCGAACAAGUACCCCAUCUUCUUCUUCGGCACUCACGAGACCGCCUUCUUGGGCCCCAAAGACCUGUUCCCCUAUGAAAAGUAUAAGGACAAAUAUGGGAAAACAAACAAGAGAAAAGGCUUCAACGAGGGAUUGUGGGAAAUCCAGAACAACCCUCACGCCAGUUACAGUGCCCCUCCGCCCGCGAGCUCCUCGGACAGCGACGUUCCCGAGAACGACCCCAUGGGGGGGAGCGACGCGGGGGACGACGAGGACGACCCCGCCAUGGCCGCCGUCACCGCAGAGAAAAUGGAAAGCGAUGAGGACUCGGAUCGGGGCAGCGACCACAGCGGGCUGAAGCGAAAAUCGUUGGCGAUGAAAAUGCCGGUGGCAAAACGGCCUCGGAAAUCUUCCAGCGACCUGGAUCAGGGCAGCCCCUCCCUGACAGAAGAAGAGAACUCAGAAACGUCCUCGGAGUCGGAAAAAAACAGUGACCAGGAUUUCACUCCCGAGAAGAAGCCAGUGGCCAGGGCUCCCCGGAGGAUGCCUGCAGGGGGCAGGAAGAAGAAGAAAGUGGCGUCCGGCUCCGAUUCGGAUUCCAAAGCGGACUCAGACUCGGAGAUGGGAAACGCAACCGUGGACAUGACCAAGUCGGACUCCAACUCCGACUCGGACUCCGAUGUGUCUGUGAAAAAGCCUCAGCGGGGCAGGAAGCCAGCUGAGAAGCCCCCUCCCAAGCCCCGUGGCAGGAAGCCGAAGCCUGAGCGCGUCCCCACCAGCUCCAGCAGUGACAGUGACAGUGACAGCGACGUGGACCGCAUCAGCGAGUGGAAGAGACGGGACGAGGAGCGGCGGCGGGAGCUGGAAGAGAAGAGGAAGAGGGAGCAGGAGGAAGAGAUCCGUCGGCUGCGGGAGCAGGAGAAGGAGGAGAAGGAGAAGAGGAAGGAGAAAGCGGAGAAGGGCGAGGAGGCGCACUCGGACAGCGACAGCAGCGCGGACGAUGAAGUAGCCAAAAAGGGCAGGAAAGGCCGGGCCAAGGCUCCGUCCUCCUCAGACUCCGACCUGGAGAUGGAGAAGGAGGUAAAGAAGCCGGCGAAGAAGCAGCCCUCGGAGUUGUCAAGGAAACCGAAUCAGAAGGAGAAGAGGGGCCGAGCAGAGGAGAAACCGCGGAACAAACCUCUGAAGGUGGAACGAGGCCGCAAGAAGUCGGAGCUGAUCCCCGAAAGGAGAAUGGAGAAGAAAAAGGAGCCCACCGUGGAAGAGAAGCUUCAGAAACUUCACAGUGAGAUCAAGUUUGCCCUGAAGGUGGACAACCCGGACAUCAAGCGCUGCCUGAACGCGCUGGAGGAGCUGGGCACGCUCCAGGUCACCUCUCACAUCCUGCAGAAGCACACGGACGUAGUGGCCACUCUGAAAAAGAUCCGUCGCUACAAAGCCAACAAAGAAGUGAUGGAGAAAGCUGCCGAAGUUUACACCCGGUUGAAGUCGCGCGUCCUGGGACCAAAGAUGGAGGCGAUCCAGAAAGCCAACAAAGCCGGUCCGGAGAAGGACAAGGGGGACGUGGACAAGAGCCAGGAGAAGCUGGCGGGAGGGGAGACGCGGAAUGAGAAGGGGGAAGAGGAGACAAACGCCGACCUCUCGGCUCCUGUGAAUGGUGAAUCCUUAUCCCAAAAAGCAGAGGGCACAGAGGAGAAGGAGCGAGACAAAAGCCAAGGGCCGGGAGCCGGCGAGCUGGAGGCGUCUGCCGAGGAGACCCACAACAACGUGCAGGAUUAUCCCAACGCCGAGCGCGAGAGGGCUCGCGGGGAGUCAGAGUCUGUGGACGACGCGGAGGAGAGCUGAGGAAGCGGGGCCCGCCUGAGGGAGGAUGCAGAGGGGGCCGUGCUGCCUGACGGGAAGGGAGAGCGGCCUCCCCCUCGCCCAUCUUUGAGUUACUUCACUAAGUCACACAGUAGCUGAUGUCCUAGGUCUUGUCCUGUGCCCCCGACCCUGUGAAAGCACCGACCGCAGGGGCAGACUGUGCUGUUUGUCUGUAUUUGUCCCCUCUUUUUUUUUUUUUUUUUUUUCCUCCCCUUCCACCUAAUUUCUUGUGAUUUCGACCGCCAUGAAAUGAAUAUAAAGGGUUUUUUAAUGAAAAACACGAGGAGCCCUAGUGUCUAUUUCUUCAGGCAUCGCUGACUGUGACUAGGGGAGGGCAGGAGCAUCCCUCUUCCCUUUGCCCCCUUCCCGGGGCACUGACUGGAAUAAUCCCCCGGGGGGGCCCUCUUCCCUUGGGCCAGGAGCCAGGCCGGGCACCCACGGGUGGCCCUGUGUCUGUCGGGGGACACCUGGACCCCCGAGGGGUGAGGGCAGGGUCUGGCUGUGCUCCCAGGGCUGCUCCAGGCUCCUUUCUUCUCGAUUUUCCUGUGCCCGGGCUGGGAGCAGCCGUGUCCCAGCAGUCGGGGACCCUCUCUGUGCUGCUUGGAGCCCGUUUCCCUGUCCCUCGGGCUGGGUGCAGCUGCUUGGAGCCUGGUCCCUCUGCUCCCGCAGAGGCCACAGGGCACCAGCCUUUGGGGAAAAACAAAGUGAAAUUGUGUAUUCUCUCCUCUCUGAGCUGGGGGACUCGAGCGGGGCAGCGUCCUGCCUCGUGCUGGGCAGCGUCUCCUUUGUCUGUCUGUCUCUCCGCUCUUUUGCAAGGAUCUGGAGCUUUUGUACAUGUAAAAUAAAGAUGUUCCCAGCUCAACCA